GAAUUUGUGUAAUUUCAAUUCUUCAAGAGUCAACACAGUCCCUCUUUUUAAGUUCAUGAGCUUUGACAGAAAAAUAAAAGACAAAGAAAAACAAAUUAAUGGUCUUUUGUUGGAGCGCUCUACCAUACUCUGGAAGUGUCGAAGUAUUUGGGUUGGGUUGGGUUGCUGAUUUCCGUCAUUACCAACGUCAGAUUAUCCCCUAGAAGUGAUUGAUCAAUGGAUAUAAUAUCACAGUUGCAAGAACAAGUUAACUUGAUUGCAUCUCUUGCUUUUAAUACUUUUGGUACUCUUCAACGAGAUGCUCCUCCUGUUCGCCUUUCCCCCAAUUAUCCUGAACCUCCUCCUAACCCUAAUUCUAAUUCUAAUUCCAAUCCUAACCCUAAUCCUAACUCUGAUGCUAGUGCUAAUGCUAAUGCUAAUGCUAAUUCAAAUGCAAAUCCUAAUCCAAAUGCUAAUCCUAAUGUUUCCCAACAACAGUCUGAUACUUCCAACAAUUUUGCUGAUGAACCCAAAACCGCUAGUGCUGCUCUUGUAAAGGCUGCUAAGCAGUUUGAUGCUUUAGUUAAUGCCCUACCAUUGGAUGAGGGAGGUGAGGAAGCCCAAUUGAAAAGAAUAGCUGAGCUUCAGGCAGAAAAUGAUGCAAUAGGCCAAGAAUUGCAGAGGCAAUUGGAAGCUGCUGAUAAAGAGUUAAAGCAAGUCCAGGAAUUGUUCAGCCAAGCAUCAGAUAAUUGCUUAAAUAUGAAGAGACCAUAUUGAUGAGUUAUUUGCUGAUGAUGACCAUGAUUGUUCUUCUGGAGUUUUACUCAAACUAGUCAAUCUUGAAGUAUGCUCAACGUAGCCUUUUUCUCAACGAGAUUCUGUUGUCUUUGUAUAGUCCAUUGGCUGUCCUGGAAUCGGCACAGUUAGUUCAAUGUUGUAGAAUGAACUAUAGCAAUAGACAAUAUAGUUUUAUUUUGAAUUCUAUCGUCGUUAAUCUGACUUAUAGUUGGAAGUUGAAAUAGUUGAUCUGUUUGGUUGUGCAAUUAGCAACUCGAAGUACAAGUGAUUGCUGCUGUGCAACUCGUAGAACCAUUGGCAAUUUGGUAUUUAGAUGCCGAUGAUGCUUAUCAUGUUUUAACUUCCAGUUGGAUUCACUAGUUUUCUGCAAAAAACAACUCAUUUAGAUGUUUAUGUUAACAACACUUGCUGCAGCGCAAUCAGUUCUUUCACACAUAAA